GAGCGUUUAAUCGCCGGCAGCGUCGUCUGCUCAACAAAUGGGUUCUUUGUUAUGAGUUGGGUGAGGUGACCGUGUUCUGCACGUUUCUAUGACAUGCGGCGACUUCUACAAGUUUGUAGAGUUCUUUUACAGAGCUAUCAUCAAACGAAGUAUCUCCAUCGAACUGCAGGGAGCCUGAAAAAUGAGGAAAAUUUCCGAAAUCAGGGACCUGUCUUUGAAAAAUCGUACGAGGUAGACAUGUCAUUGUUCCCUCAGGAACGAAUUCGAAAUUUUGGGAUUAUUGCUCAUAUUGAUCACGGCAAGAGCACACUAAGUGAUCGUUUUCUAGAGUUCACCGGCACCAUUGGAAAAUCUGCUCAAAAUAAACAGGUAUUAGAUAAGCUGCAAGUUGAACGAGAACGUGGAAUCACCGUCAAGGCUCAAAGUGCUUCUAUGAUAUAUCAGCGGAAAGGUCAAGCGUUUCUUCUCAACUUAAUUGAUACCCCGGGUCAUGUUGAUUUUACCUACGAGGUUCAGCGGUCCCUGUCUGCUUGCCAAGGUGUUUUGCUACUGGUCGACGCCAACCAGGGCGUGCAGGCACAAACGGUGGCGAAUUUCAACCUGGCUUUCUGUGCUGAACUGGAGAUAAUACCCGUGUUAAACAAGAUUGAUUUGCCAAAGGCUAAUGUGAACGGCGUAACUGAACAAAUCCACAAUCUAUUUGGUUAUGACAAAGAGGAAAUUCUAAAAGUAUCUGCCAAAACUGGGCAAGGAGUCGAAGAUCUACUUAACGCUUUGAUUGAUAGAAUACCACCACGAGCGAUUCAUAGGCCCAAAGGCAAUCCAUCAGCUCCAUUUCGUGCACUACUUGUUGACAGCUGGUAUGACAAAUAUCGGGGUGUUGUCAUACUCAUUAUGGUACACGAUGGCACUCUGAAGGUCGGCGAUCAGUUCCGGUGCCACCACACCGAUCAGGUUUACAUCGUACGAGAUGUCGGAAUUAUGCAUCCUGACGAAACACCUACAAAGGAGCUCCGAGCCGGUCAAAGUGGGUAUGUCGUAGCCAAUAUGCGAGUAUCUACCGAGGCGAAUAUUGGGGAUACGCUACAUAGCACUACUGUGAAACCAGAAGACGUCGUCACGCUGCGAUCCGCCGACCGGUCAAGGCCUAUGGUUUUUGCUGGAAUUUAUCCAGAGGACCAGAGUAAGAACGUGGAGCUGCGAAAUGCUAUCGAGAGACUAGUUUUAAACGACAACUCUGUUACUGUUAAUGUUGAAAGCAGUCCAGCACUAGGACAAGGCUGGAGACUAGGCUUCUUAGGGUUACUUCAUAUGGAUGUUUUCUGUCAACGGCUGGAUCAGGAGUUUGAUGCUCAAGUGGUGGUGACCUCACCGAGUGUGUCAUAUAAGGUGAAAAUAAAAGGCGCGAAGAACAUUAAAGCCUACGGAGGCGAAAUGGUGGUUGUGAACAACCCUCUGCUGAUGCCUGACCCGCUCAUCAUAGAGGAGUACUACGAACCAAUGACCUUGGCUACAAUUAUCACUCCAGACAUUUAUCUUAGCGACGUCGUCAGUUUGUGUAUGUCACGCCGGGGCUUGGAGAAAAGCAGUCAGAAUAUAGACCAAAAUACGAUCAUGCUACAGGUGAUGUUUCCACUAAACGAGAUCAUUGUUAAUUUUUUCGAUGAACUCAAAUCUAUUACCUCUGGUUAUGCCAGCUUCGACUACGAAGAGACAGGUUACCUACCUUCGAAUCUUAGCAAGCUGCAAAUUCUCAUUAAUGGAAAACCGUGUGACGAAUUCACUCAGAUCGUUCAUUCAUCACGUGCAGAAAAGGUUGGCCGUUCGAUGGUGACCCAUCUAAAGAACAACAUUCCUCAACAAAUCUAUGCGGUUGCCUUACAGGCUAGGGCUGAAGGAAAGAUUCUGGCUAGGGAUGACGUCAAAGCGUUACAUAAAAACGUCACACAGAAGAUUAAAUCUGGUUCUGAUCGAACGCGCAAAAUGAAAUUGAUUAGUGCCUACCGCGAAAAACAAAAGAAUUUGCGUAUGAUCGGAAAUAUUCAAGUUCCCCGCGAAGCUUUCAUCGAAGUUCUCAAACAGAGGAAAUAGCUUGAGCUCCUUAAUAAGAAAUGCAUUUUUAUAAUAAAUAGCGCUAAUAGUUGAGAUUAUUUUACUACAUUUGCCGUC